AUGUUUCCAACACUGGCAACUUCAGCCACCUCUCGCAAUUACAGACUUGGUAGCAAUGCAAGUGGGCUUAAGACUGCAAGGAAUUUGACUCGCAGCAAGAAUACUCUUAAGACUGGAUUUACCAAAACAUUCUAUGGGCUUGAUUUCUUAAAAUCCUCAAGAAAUCGAUCAGUCAAAAAAUUAAAGUCAGUUAAAAGUGUUGAGAAGAUUCAUAAACAUGUUAUUAAAAGACUUAAAUAACUCCAAACUCCGAAUAGACAAAAGAAUGAAAAGAGUUAUAGUCAGGAAAAAGUUCAAAGAAUGUGCUAUCAAGAUCCAGGCUUCAUGGAGAAGGUAUAAAACCCAAAAGUACUUUAAGAACUGGAGAAGAAGAUAUCUUAGUCUUGUCAGGUUUCUUCAACUUAAAUUCAGAAAAAGACUUAGAAAAUAAAGAAAAUGCUCUAAAACUUAUAAUCCAGUUUCUGAAAACUUGCUCUCAGAAAUAGCAGGCAAACUCGAGUUGAUAGUACAAAAACUUUAUUUGCAAAGCAAGCUCUUUUUAUUUUCAAUGAAAAAGUUAAAACAAAGAAACCUAUAUUCACUACAAAGAGGAGAAUCGAAAAAUAUGGAUCAGGUCCCUACGAUUUAAGGAAUAAGUAUCAAAAACAUAAUCAUUCAAAAGAACAGCGUAAGUUUAAACCUUCAAUACUGCCACCCAAGCACAAAAUUCCUGAGGCUAAACGUCUCUGUGAGAAUGAUAGUUCAUCAAGCUCAAAUUCACACCUCUCAGACCUCAAUGAUGUGUCAAUUCCUUCCCAAAUAUCUGAAGUUGAGCCUCUCGAACAGUUUGACAUUCAAGACUUCAUCAGACAAGUCAGAAACAAAUACAGAAUCUUGAACCACCAAAGCAUCGAAGAGCGAACUGCAGCUGAGCAAGAAGACCCCACUGUGUACCCCACCUAUGCAAGGCUGAACGAACUAAGAAGGAUCCGAGAACAGAACGCUUCCAAAGCAGUAGGACCACACUCUAAAGACGUGUUGAAGGCCAACAAUGACAAGUUCGACCAGUUCUUGAAGAAAAUGAUUCAAGAGAACCUUGAGAUGAGCUACCCUGAGAACUACGAAGGCAUUUACUUCAAGACUCAUGAAGAAUACGUGAAGUUCAUGAAGAGCAAAUACACCACCAAAGUUGAUGCCAUUGACUUAGAUGCAAUGUACACAAAGCUAGGAGCAACCUACCCGCGAUACUACAGAAAGACUAGCUCCAACCUGAUUAAGUCGCUCGGAGCGACCACUGCUGAAGAGAAAGGCUUCGCUAAGUACAAGCUUGCACACAAAGAGCAAAACUAUCUUGACCAGGAAAUUGACUUGUAUGAAUAUGUUGUAGAAAACAGGCUUAAAGGGGCUGCAAAAUCCGCACCAGAAGAUAUGCCGACAGCAUUUCAGAAAUAGCGAGAAAGAACGCAGCAUCACAUGGAAAGAACUAACAUCUCUGAAGCAGUCGGUGGCGCAUUUCUUGCAGACACAAGCUAACAGGCCUAAUGGAGAUCGGAACUAUGAUACUAAGGAUUACAACGAGCCAGAUCCCCGAACUGCAUACGACCUCAAGCAGCCAAAAUUUUAUAAGGAAGAGCCGCAAUCUUCUCGAACUUUGAUUAAGAAAUUGCAAAUGGUGACCAAUGUUCUAAGAGGAAUCACUCCUGAAAAUCCUACCAUACUAUCUAAAAUAUAUAGCUAAAAUCCACAAUUCAA